AUGCUUCUUCCAAGGGCGGUGUACCGGGCGUUCGAUACCUCUCUGACUCACCUGACCGUCCACCGGAGGACGGGCGAGGUCUUCGUCGGCGCCGUGAACCGCGUCCUGAAGCUCUCGGCCAAUCUGACGGAGCUGAGGAGUCACAUGACCGGACCGGUGGAGGACAACGCCAAGUGUUACCCUCCGCCCAGCGUCAGGGCCUGCGCUCACAGACUGGAGUCCUCAGACAACGUGAAUAAGCUGUUACUGGUGGAUUAUACUGGGAACAGACUGGUGGCGUGCGGCUCCAUCUGGCAGGGAGUGUGUCAGUUCCUCAGACUGGAAGAUCUCUUCAAACUGGGAGAGCCGCAUCACCGCAAGGAGCACUACCUGUCUGGGGCCAGAGAGGCUGAUGGGAUGGCAGGCGUGGUGGUCGGCGAGGACGACUGGACGUCCGACCCGAAGAGGAAGAAGCCGGUGAAAGGAGGAAGCCGCCUGUUCAUCGGCGCCGCCAUCGACGGGAAGUCCGAAUACUUCCCGACGCUGUCGAGCAGGAAGCUGGUGGCGGACGAGGAGAGCGUGAACAUGUUCUCGCUGGUCUAUCAGGACGAGUUUGUUUCCUCUCAGAUUAAAAUCCCGUCGGACACGCUGUCCCUCUACCCCGCCUUCGACAUCUACUACGUCUACGGCUUCUCCAGCAGGACCUACGUCUACUUCCUGACGCUGCAGCUGGACACGCAGCUCACCCAGAUGGACGCCGGCAGCGAGAAGUUCUUCACGUCUAAGAUCGUGAGGAUGUGCUCCAACGACACGGAGUUCUACUCGUACGUGGAGUUCCCGUUAGGAUGCACGAAGGACGGCGUGGAGUACCGGCUGGUCCAGGCCGCCUUCAGACAGAAACCAGGACGCAGACUGGCUCAGGCUCUGGGACUCAACGAGGACGAUGACGUGCUGUUUGUCGUCUUCUCUCAGGGUCAGAAGAACCGCUCGAACCCUCCCAGAGAGACGGUCCUCUGUCUCUUCACUCUGCACAACAUCAACCUGGCCAUGAGGGAGAGGAUCCGCUCCUGUUACCGCGGCGAGGGCCGACUCUCGUUACCGUGGUUACUCAACAAGGAGCUGCCCUGCAUCCACACGCCGAAGCAGAUCGGAGAUGAUUUCUGCGGCCUGGUGUUGAACCAGCCGCUGGGAGGUCUUCACGUGAUCGAGGGUUACCCGCUGUACGAGGACCGGACCGAGGGGAUGGGAGCCGUGGCCGCCUACACCUACGGAGAACACACCGUCGUCUUCGUAGGGACGAGGAGCGGACAGCUGAAGAAGGUGUUCAAGUCCAGAAACGGAAACUGGAAACUUCAGACAGUUAGAAACCUGUAA